CACUCUUUAUUGCUUGACGCUGAGUUGCUGACAACCACAACAAUUUGCAAAAUGGACGAUGAAAUAGUCAAAGAGGAAUACUCGAUAACUGAAGAAACUCCUGCAACAGAAGAAAGUAGCGAUGCAGAAGCAAAGCAAAUGGAAGAUGAAGCAACAUCAAGCAUUCGCAGCAAGGACAUAGAAGCACGGGUAAGAGUUCCCCGAAGAAAAUGUACAUGUUACUACUGUGAAGUAGAUACGGGUGAGGAUCGAAAGAAUCAACACAUAUGCCAUGUUAGCGACUGCAAAAGGGUGUUCCGUACACCGUUUAAUCUACGAGUUCAUAUACGGUCGCAUAUGGGGGAACGACCAUAUACGUGUAGCUGGGCCAAAUGUGGAAAACGAUUUACGCGUAAAGAAGAACUGGUGCGGCAUAUGCUAUUGCAUACUGGCGAGAAACCACACAAAUGCAAUCAAUGCGAAAAAAAGUUCGCACGAAAGGACCAUCUCCAGAAGCAUAUGGAAAACAUGCACAACAAAGUAAAACGCGAUAAAAACGACUCAGGAUCUGACCACUCGGAAGCAUCGGAUAGUAACAAAUCAAAUAGUAAUGAAUGAAUCCAAUAAGGGUUAUUCUCGAAAUAUAAAUCAGUGCAUCGGAAGACUGAAUUGUAAACUCGUCAUCAUUUUGCAAUAGCCAAUAAUUGGCAUAUGGAAUUAUGGUAACGAAUAUUCUCUCUUUGUAGCUGAUUAGUGUACGAGAUCACGCUCCACCACGACUAUCUAUUUUGUUGCUAAAACAAACGAUGCUCAAUCUGCACACAUUUCGAAAUAAUGUAAUGGUGGUUAAUCGAAAUUUCGCCAUUUUGUCGUUUAAUAGGAUACUAAAUUACGCUUUUGGCGUAUGGCGGCAACUAAUUCGGGUACGCAACCAGUUGCUAUUGACGCAUAGGAUUCCAAUGGCGCUCGCAGAAGCUUUACCGUUUGUUGCAGGUUAGAUCCCAUAGAUUGGCCCAUCUCUUCCAGCACGCUGCCAAAGUACUCUAA